AUGGCCGAAGUCAAGCCGACUUCGGGCGGCAACAACGCCUACCACAACUUCCACAAUGACUUCCUCCACGUCCAGGACGUCAACGAGCGGAAGCGGCUCGCCCUCGCCGAGGUCGACCGCGCGCCGUUCGGUUGGUACCACGUCCGGGCCAUCGUCGUCGCUGGUGUCGGCUUCUUCACCGAUUCGUACGAUAUCUUCACCGUCUCGCUCCUGACCGUCAUGCUUGGCGUCGUCUACUACCCGGGCGUCGGCACCAUGCCCACCAGCUCCGACACUGCCAUCAAGCUCGCCACCUCCGCCGGUACCGUCCUUGGCCAGCUCGGCUUCGGUGCCCUCGCUGAUAUCGUCGGCCGUAAGCGCAUGUACGGUCUCGAGCUGAUCAUCAUCAUCUUCGCCACCCUCGCCCAGGCCCUCACGUCUUCGUCUCCGUCCAUGGACAUUGUUGGUGUCAUCAUCUUCUGGCGUGUGGUUCAGGGCGUCGGCAUCGGCGGUGACUACCCGCUGUCGAGUAUCAUCACCUCCGAGUUCGCGACGACCAAGUGGCGCGGAGCCAUGAUGGCCGCCGUGUUCGCCAUGCAGGGUCUCGGCCAGCUCUGCGCCGCCUUCGUCAUGCUCUUCGUCACGCUGGGCUUCAAGUCGUCGCUCGAGACGUCGCCCUCCCUGAAGACCUGCACCGGCGGCUGCGCCGAGGCGGUCGACAAGAUGUGGCGGACGCUGAUCGGCUUCGGCGCCGUCCCCGGCUGCAUCGCCCUCUACUACCGUCUCACCAUCCCCGAGACGCCCCGGUACACCUUCGAUAUCAAGUUGGACGUCGAGAAGGCCGAGGGCGACGCCGAGGCCUACCUCAAGGGCAAGUCGGGCGCCCACCCCGACGAGGUCAGACGCGCCGCCGCUCAGAAGCAGGCCGCCGAGCAGCUCAGGGUCCAGAAGGCCAGCUGGUCCGACUUCUUCCGCCACUACUCCAAGCCCAAGAACGGCCUGCUCCUGGCUGGUACUGCUCUGUCCUGGUGCUUCCUCGAUAUUGCCUACUACGGCGUCUCGCUCAACAACGCCACCAUCCUCAACGUCAUCGGCUACUCGACCAGCAACGCCCACAACACGUACGAGAUCCUCUACAACACCGCCGUCGGUAACCUGAUCAUCGUGCUGGCCGGCGCCGUGCCGGGCUACUGGGUCACCGUGUUCACCGUCGACACGCUGGGCCGCAAGACGAUCCAGUUCAUGGGCUUCACCAUCCUGACCAUCCUCUUCAUCGUCAUGGGCUUCGCGUACAACCACCUCUCGUCGAACGGCCUGCUCGCCAUCUUCGUGCUGGCCCAGUUCUUCUUCAACUUCGGCCCCAACGCCACCACCUUCAUCGUGCCCGGCGAGUGCUUCCCGACCCGGUACCGGUCCACCUCGCACGGCUUCUCGGCCGCCAUGGGCAAGAUCGGCUCCAUCAUCGGCCAGGGCGCCAUCGCGCCGCUGCGCACCCGGGGCGCCACCAAGACCAACGCGAACCCCUGGAUGGACCACGUGCUCGAGAUCUACGCGCUCUUCAUGCUCCUCGGCAUCGGCAGCACCGCCCUGAUCAAGGAGACCAAGCGCAAGACCCUCGAGGAGCUCGCCGGCGAGGCCGACGAGGAGGACCUCGCCGGCCCCACCCUGCCCACCACCGAGUCGGCCUUCAGGGGCAACGGCGACUCGGCCGCCGAGAAGAGCCAGCCGGAGAGCAAGUAA